CGAUCUCUCCUCUCUCUCGGCAGAACGACCAACACAGAAAAGAGGAAGCAGAGCAGAGGGCCGCCGGAAAAGGGAAGAGGAGAAUGGCGCCGGAGCUGAGCUCCAUCGCGAGGAUGCUCCGCGGCGAGGCGGGGAAUGGUAGGGGCGGCGCCGCGAAGCCGUCCGAGAUGGUGACCAUGGAUCUGCUCGGCGGGUGCGGCGGCGACGCCGGCGUGGAGGGCGAGGUCGUCGACCUGGAGGCCAAGGUGCCCGCCGGCUGGGAGAGACGGCUCGACCUGCUGUCCGGCAAGACGUUCUUGACUCCUCAUCGCCACCAGGCCACCCAAGACGGCCACCAGGACCUCAACCUGCCUCCCACGGCAUCCACCGCCGCCGCCGUCACCAGCACCUCCGCUGCGUUCUGCACCCUCGACAUGGUCCGCUACGCCCUAGAGCGCGCCACCGCCGCGCGGUCCGCCACCUCGCCGGACACGUCCUCCUCCUCGUUGGCGUCCACCUCAUCCUCGUCCUCCUCGCUGGGAAAGCGCAGCCGCUCGCCGCCUUCAAACACGGCGUCGCCCGCCGCGAACCCGGCCAUGCGCGCGUGUGCGUGCCCGUCCUGCUUCACGUACGUGCUCAUUGCCGAGGCCGACCCCUGGUGCCCGCGGUGCGCGUCGAAGGUGCCGCCGCUCCCCAGUAAGCCCGCUGCCCACAGCAGCGGGAAGAAGCCUAGGAUUGACCUGAAUGCUGACGCCGAUGAGACCGAGUGAACGCGAAAAGAUGAUAGACAAUUGGAAUUUUUUCCUUUAUGGAAAAGUUUUGUCCAGUCAUUAGUUUGUUACUUCUUAGAAUAUAUCAUCAGAAGCAGUUACAUGUUCAGAAAAUUAUGAUCAUAAUUCGUAAGGCCAAAAGAUGAAAGACAGAUGGAUUUUUUCUUUU